GUUCGACGGCGGGGCCAUGGCAGCCCUCAACGGCGCCGUGGAGAACGGGCAGCCCGACAAGAAAGUGCCUCCGCUGCCGCGGCCCCUGCGCAGCCUGGAGGUGAAAUACACCAAGAUAUUUAUUAACAAUGAAUGGUACGAGUCUACAAGUGGAAAGAAGUUCCCCACCUACAACCCUUCAACUCUGGAGAAAAUCUGUGACAUUGAGGAAGGAGAUAAGCCUGAUGUGGAUAAUGCAGUGGAGGCAGCGAGGGCAGCGUUCCAGAGGGGCUCUCCAUGGAGACAGAUGGAUGCCCCAAGCAGAGGACGACUCCUGCACAAGCUGGCUGAUCUCCUGGAGAGGGACAGAGUCAUCCUGGCAACUCUGGAAACCAUGGACACAGGAAAACCUUUCCUGCAGGCUUAUUUCAUUGACCUGGAAGGCUGCAUCAAAACCCUGCGGUACUAUGCUGGAUGGGCUGAUAAAAUUCAGGGCAGAACUAUUCCAGUGGAUGAGAAUUUUGUCUGUUUUACCCGGCACGAGCCCAUGGGUGUCUGUGGAGCCAUAACCCCAUGGAACUUCCCCCUGCUGAUGCUGGUUUGGAAGAUGGCACCAGCUCUGUGCUGUGGGAACACCCUGGUCGUUAAGCCAGCUGAACAAACUCCGCUCACGGCGCUCUACAUUGGCUCUCUGAUCAAGGAGGUGGGUUUCCCUCCAGGUGUGGUGAACAUUGUGCCAGGCUAUGGCCCCACAGCUGGAGCUGCAAUUUCUACCCAUGACAGCAUUGAUAAAAUUGCUUUUACUGGAUCAACCAAGGUUGGAAAACUGAUCAAAGAAGCUGCUUCUAAGAGCAACCUGAAAAGGGUGACGUUGGAGCUGGGAGGGAAGAACCCCUGCAUUGUGUGUGCAGAUGCAGACUUGGACUUGGCAGUGGAAUGUGCCCACCAAGGCGUGUUCUUCAACCAGGGGCAGUGCUGCACGGCCGCCUCCCGCGUCUUCGUGGAGGAGCAGAUCUACCCCGAGUUCGUCAAGCGCAGCGUGGAGUUUGCCAAGAAGAGACUGGUUGGAGACCCCUUUGAUGCCAGAACUGAGCAAGGGCCCCAGAUUGACCAAAAACAGUUUGAUAAAAUCCUGGAGCUGAUAGAAAGUGGGAAGAAAGAAGGGGCUAAGCUGGAGUGUGGAGGUCUUGCCAUCGAAGACAGGGGCCUGUUUAUAAAACCUACAGUGUUUUCAGAGGUCACUGACAACAUGAGAAUUGCCAAAGAGGAGAUUUUUGGGCCAGUUCAGCCAAUUAUGAAGUUCAAGAGUAUAGAAGAAGUGAUAAGAAGAGCCAACAGCACUGAGUACGGACUCACAGCUGCAGUGUUCACCAAGAACCUGGACAGAGCUUUAACCCUGGCUUCAGCUCUGCAGUCAGGAACAGUCUGGAUCAACUGUUACAAUGCGCUCUAUGCUCAAGCUCCUUUUGGUGGCUUUAAAAUGUCAGGCAAUGGCAGAGAACUUGGGGAGUAUGCUUUGGCAGAAUACACCGAGGUGAAAACAGUCACCAUCAAACUGUCCCAGAAGAGUCCAUGAGAGCAGGAGGCCUGAAAUGCUGACACUCUGAAUGUGACACAUGGGGGACGUGUUCAGAGCAAGGGGGAGGGGAGGGGUGGGAAGGAACAUGCAAACACCUGUCUUUAUUCCUCUAGAAACACUGAAUCUGCUGGGCUCCAUUUUGCCAACUGGCUCUUCAAAAACUGAUUCACUGACCCUGCUGGCAGUACACACUUGUACUGCACAAGUCCCUGGCUGUACAUCUGCCUGCUCCCUGUGACUCAAAACUGGUCAGUCACAGUGUUGGCAGGACAUCUGCUUCCCAGCUGUACCCCUGAAGGACAUGGACAUCACUGGCAUGCUAGAGAGACUGCUGGUGCCAUCACAGGUACUGCAAAUACCUUCAGAGGCACUUGGGUUUCCCUUGGCAGAGAUGGACUCGAGUGGUAAGGAAGGGUUAGAACAGCUUGACUGGAGCUGGUGGAGUUUGUGUGAAGAUUGCAGCUGGAGUUUGGAAUGGGAGUGCAAGCUUUCACGGAAGGAUCUGUAAGGAAAUUCCCUUUGAAAGAGGUUUCUCUAAAGAUACGUGCAUUCUCCAUCCUGGUGAUAUUCUAGCCCUGAAUGAGAUUUGUGGGAGUUUCCUGGAGGACUCCUUUGGGGCCACUAUGUCACCCAACAGAGCCAGACUUUCAAGUGUCCUUGGAACCUGAUGUUUGGGUGUGCACACACUACACAUGCUGCAAAUGCAAGUUCCUGACUUGCUGACCCCUCUGGCUCCCAGUGAGUCACAGUUGUAUCUCAAACCUUCACUACAGCACUUUUCUCAAGAGGAUUUUGCACUGCACUUACCGUGGUGACACCGAGUUGGAUGCUGAGCAUGUAGCAUGGUAGAUACCCCACAGAAAACACCCCAUACCAGUCCUGAUCUGGGGGAGGGAGCAGAAGAGCUGCAGGAAACUGCCCUGCACCCUCUUUCUCUGCAACUUUCAGGCUUUUUGAAUAUCUCUUUGUUUUUUGAGCCAGUUCUAUUACUUUGAGAGUAAAACUUAGCUCUUCACACUGCUUCUUUAUCCUGUAUGAAUGUAGCUUAAAAUACAUUCCUGGAAGUGCAGUGUGGAAAGGCAGGUGCUCCCAAGCACACCUUGAGUGCUGAAGAGAAGGGUGUACAAGCCAGUUAGCAUGGAAUAAGCUGUGGCUGGACUUCAGUCUGUCACAGCUUCACAGCCAUUGUCCCUGUGAGUGCUGUCAUCCCAUGGCCAGCACAGAGUAGCUGAUCCUUCACUUAGAAAACUGCCUUGGAUUGUCCCUUGGAGUGGCUGUCACAGCCAGCUCAUGCCUUAGCACCUCCUGCAGUAACUCCUUUGCAUGCCUAGACAUUAUUAUGAGAUUAAUUACCAUGAGAUGAAUGACAAGCCACAGGCUAUCUUCAGUUCCUGGCUCACUGCUUUCCCUCCUCCUGACUCUGCUGGAGAGCCCUGGCAAAGCCACAGCCAUGUCUGCAGGAGUUAGUGGUGACAGCUUGUUAGGAAGUUCAGCUGAUCCCUCUGGGAUUGUCCUCUGAGAACAAACCCACCUUAUGGCUUAUCAGCAGAUCCCCAGGGAGCACUGAUAAGGAUUGCUGCUCCAGAUGUCAGAGCUUGAAGCAGACAUGCAGGUCUAACCUCUCUUCUCUGCUGCAAGCCAGGAUUCAGCCAGUACCUUCCUUUGCUCACAGAUAGGCUCAGACAGCAGCAAAUUCUGUUGCAUGAGUGGAGCUUUUUUUGGAGGAGGAAGGAAGGUGGGUGGUGAUAAGUAAGGAAAAAAGUUUGCAUGAGCCUAAACUUCCUUAUUAGUUGGUGAAUGUUGAAAUUGCACUUCAACAUCACUUCACUUGUGAUGUGACAUACCUCCCACAGGGUAACCAGGAGCCUGUGCUCCCACGGGGUGUGAGGCAGGUAAAUCUCCCCAUCCAGCGAUGAAAAUGUCCUCCCUUCCCCAUGAAAGACCAAAUGGGAUCAUUGUAAAUAAUUUCUAUUUUUGUAAGACACAUAAGAGUGCAAACAUCUUCUCAGACAAACAUUUUACUCUUGCCCACCUGAGGGUUUCCUUGGGCUGCAGAGAGGUGAGGCAAACAGUAAAAGGCUGUUUAUCUUGAUGUAUCUCUGUAUUUUUGAUAAACAGUGGUGGAAAUUGAAAUAAUCUGAAAUUCUUAAAACCCUACUCUUCUGGCUUUAUAUGUAUGAUAUAUAUUUCACUUUUUUCCCCUUAUCAAGUUUUUUAAAAGUCAAUGUAUCUCUUAUUGUAUAAAUCAGGGUUUGACUCUACACACUGAAUUUUGUAAGUUAUAUAACACUAGACACUAACUUUAAAAUAACCCCUUAGAGGGUAUAUAUAUUCCUCCAUUGCACAGUAAGGCUUUCAUAUGAAUACUAGUUGUUUUUUUUAAAGAAAAGAACUAUAUUUAUAAAUUAGGAUACAGUUAAUCUAAUGUAUUUUUAUAGCUAAAGGUACAUGAAAAUGUUACGUUUAAACCUCAUGUAUAUAUUUAGA